AUGGGAAAGUCUCAUGAGAAGAAACAGGGGGAGAACGUGAAAAAUGGAGCUUCCCUUGAUCCCACGGGUGAAGAAGCGCCUUUGGGGAUAGUGAAUGAUAAAGCAUCAAAUUCAGAAAUUGAGCUUGGUUUGAAGGGAAAAGAUGAUAGGGAGAUUCUGGAGGAAGAGGGAAGUAAAUUGUUUUCAGAAAUGGAAGAGGGUGAGAUCCCUCAAUCUCUGAAAACAGGGGCCACAAGCAAUUUGAAUGAGUCUGGAAAUGAAUGGACAACGAUAACUCAAUCCGGAGGGGGACGGGGUUUAAAAAAGUCUGGUGUUGAGUUGGUGUAUGGUCAAGUGGUCGGACAACAUGUUGAACCGAGGCGCAUAGUCGCUGCAGCACGGACGGACGAAGAAGCUUUGCAAAGUACUAUAACGAUUGGAGAAGCAUUAGAAGCGACCGUGAAGACCGCUGGAAACAAACCGGUGGAUCAAAGCGACGCAGCAGCGAUUCAAGCGGCAGAGAUGAGAGCUUCCGGUACCAACGUCAUUGCUCUAGCAGGAGUCGCCGCUUCAGCUCAAUCCGCAGCGGAUCACAACGCUACCGUAGAUCGUGACGAGAGGAAAAUCAAGCUUAGUGAUGUUUUAACGGGUGCGGCGGGGAAGUUAUCGGCAGAUAGAGCUGUGACGAGGGAGGAUGCAGAGGGAGUGGUGAGCGCCGAGAUGAGGAAUAACCCUAAAUUGUGUACUCACCCUGGUGGUGUAGCGGCUUCUCUUACCGUCGCUGCUAGGCUUAACGAGAGAGUCGAUAUAUGACAUGAAAAAUCCCGCAAGAGGAGGAUGAUUGUGUUUGUUUGUUUGCUUGUCUCACAACUUAGGAAACUUGUGAUGUAAAAUCUGUCUAGCUUUUGGUCCUGUUGUUACAAAAAGUUCAGUAAUAGUGUUAAUGAUAGGAAAAAUGGUGACUUGGGCUGAUAUGUGAAAAUCCGGCAAGGGGAGGACGGUGUUUAGAAAGCUUGUGAUAUAUAAAAUCGCCUAGCUUUUGUUCUUGUUUUGUUUCUUUAUGUUUAAAAAACUUCAACGAUGAUGUUAGAAUGGAAAAAUGGGGACUUUCUAGUUUGAAGUUAAAAGCCAUUCCUUAGCUGAUUUGCUCAGAACUAAUGAUUCAUAAUAAAAUAUAACACAACUGAUCUAUAUAAUAAAUGGGAAUCCUCCAGUCUAAUGUUUUUGUAACAUUUCAAAACAUCUGAGCUUUAACAAAAAACCACAAAACAGAUACAAACAGUAAAAAAAUAUAACAGAGAUCUUUUGCUGGCUCAAACUGGCAGCUCCAACAAAAAGACCUUGAUUUUACCUUCUUUCUUCCUUGUCCUGAUCUUAUACUUAGCUUCAAAUCCUGUAAGAUCAUUUCUCUUCUUGUCCAGUGUCCAGUGUGAGUGUCUCGUAUAUAUAGCUUCUUCACAACCUCUUCGAGCACUUGUUGCGUUGCACUGAUGGGAGUACCUCUUUGAUGGUUCUUUCUACCAGAACGCCUCCUCUUAUCAUGCGAAAACAUUUCUUUGAUUGAUCGAGAGGCUGACUGGCGUUGAUGACCAUAGAGUGUUGGCUCACUUGGAACUCGAGU